AUGGAUAGAGUACCAUCUCCCCCUCCCCCGGGGCAAAUGACCAACAAUCCUCUUCCAUUGUCUAUGGACCAUUCAGAUGAAGAAGACUACAUAGACAUUGAAGUGAGCUCUUACUCUUACUUUUCAUCAUCUCCUAAUUCUUCUUUUCAAAUAGCCUCAAUUACCAAUAACAAAGAAUCCACAACUUCCCCUGCUGGCAAGCUCCUUCCUCUUCACCAAAAACUACUUCAACUCUUUGAAGAAGAAGAUUUAGAAGAAAGCUUUUGCAUAAACUUGUUGAUCACCCCAAUCGGUUCCCCAUCACAAUCUUGCAAGUUGAGUUUUGAACUCAAUCCAAAUGAUCAGAACUCCUUUGAAUGGUCCAAUACAGAACUCACCACUAGUAGCCAUAAUAUUAGUCCCAAGAAAUUGUGUAAACAUUCUUUAAUUAGCCAUAAGUUGAAAGCCUCAAAGGCAUUUCUCAAAUCUUUGUUCACCAAAUCUUCUUGCACAAAUGAUAACAGUUAUUCUAGUAAGAACAUGAAAUUUUCCAGAACAAGAAAUACCAAUAAGUGGCAUUCUCCAACAGACUAUUUAUCUUCCUCUUCAACUAAUUCUUCUUCAACUGGUGGCUCUGUAUCAUCAUCUGAUUCCUCCUUCAACUCUGAUUAUGAGUUGAAUUUCCACAAGAGGAGCAGAAGUUUCACUUCAGAGACUGAAGGUUCAAUUGAGGCUGCUGUUGCUCAUUGUAAAAAGUCACUAGACCUUACCAUUCCAACAAACAACUCGAGCGUUGCUACGCUGAGGACAUUGAAGAUAACACCCAAGAUUGCAGUUCAGGGUUAA